AAUUUCAUCCAUGGACAGGAAACGGAUGAUCGGUGAGAAAAAUCAGAACAAAGAGGGGAGUGGUUCACCGGGUAUAAUUGGCAGUCCGCUAGAUUAAGAGUCAGGGAUCAAGAUAAUCAUAGACAAUGGAAUCUUGAGGCAACAUGCAACCAAGAGUUUCUCUCUCCGAAUUGAACGCGUCCAUGCCUGUAUAGAGUACAGAAGGAGAUAAACACUCCUGUUGUAGAACCAUGAGGUGUACUCUAGUUAGAUGGUUUCAUCAUGACUCACGGCGUAUUAAGGACCAUGUAGAUCUAACCCAAGCUGGAUCACCCUGCGCAAACUUGGGAAUAACCGUCUUCUCAAUAUUCAAUCAGAAAAGGCCAUUGACCAUGAAACCCAUGGACAGAGGAACGGUAGUUAAGUUACAGGACUUUGUUCCUUACAUGACGCUACUCCCCUACCGGCCUGGUCGACCUGCAUUGGCAUGCAUCAUACAUGGCCAUCGAACAUCUUUACUAGUAAGUCCUCUGAGGAAGCGAAUCAUCGCUGAUAAGUGGCCUUGUCUUGUCGCGCGACUAGUCCCCCGCGCUAGUGUGUACUACUUGCUGUCAUACAGAAAGUGCCUUGCAACCUUCACUCUGUACAGGCCAGCAGGGUGGACUUUUGGCUCCGUUGGCUGGUUAUGCGUAGUGGAAACGUGCACUACUGACAGCUGAAAAAGGGGGUGGUUGGUGCCUGAGGCGUGUAUCCUAUCUCCCGUCUUGGGAGAGUCCAUAAAUACCGUACUGUAUGGUACGUCGUCCUACCGCUAUCUCCAGGCCUCUUGGAAGCAUUAAGAUUUUC